AUGCCCUUGCCAGUAGUACUUGCCGCCUGGGCUGUAUCAAUUAUGCUCUUCGCUGGCUUGGUGGUUACGCCCACUCUCCUCCUCAUCGAGACUAGCACUGUCGGCUACCUCCUUCAUUCUGUCCCGACCUUCUCCGCCCUAGACAGCGUCUACUAUGCCCUCAGACUAAUCUCGCCCAACGUUGUAACGUGCGAAGACCCUGAGAACGGCUCCGUUGUAGUUUUUCGACGGUUUCUUCGCCAAGUUCAGACUUUUCGGCCGACACUAGUCCUCAAUCCUCGCCAACUCCUAAUCCAUGGAUAUCUUUGCGCCGGUCUCGUAGCUGCCAUUGCCCUGGCCUUUGCUGUCUACACUUGCCGCAUCGGUCUCUGGUCCACUGACUCUCUAAUUCGACCCUGGUCGUUUGCCCGAAGGCUUAAUGCUGAAGAGCAACAACACCAACCCGCUGUGGAAGAACCCGAGAAUGUGGAAGAGAGAAAACAGAACGAAGAACAGCUAUUCGGACUUGAACCAGCGCUGCCAAACCAUCAUGAUAAAGCGGCGAUGGCAGACCGGCCUCUCCGAGUCCUCAGCCCCCGUCUGGAUCGCCUUCUCGUCCUCCUUGACACUCAGAAUAACCGGAACGAUAGGCGUGUCGCGCUCAAGGGCACAGGAGACGAUGAGCCCGUGCCUCGCGUGGCCAAGGAGGACCAUGGGGUUUUCGAAAAUGUCAAGAGCAGGCCCCGACCUCCACCAAUCGAUCGACGGGAAGCGUUGAAGCGUCUUAUCGAAGACAAGCGUCCGCCUCUGUCUCCCAUGGCCCGUAUGAAACUGUUGAAGAAGGACAUUCUCGAGUUUCAAGUCAACAUGGAAAAGCUGAAAGCCCGUCUUGACGAAAAGCCGGCCAUCGCCAGGCUCAAACCUCCCCGUCGCAGGGUCCAGUUUUCGAAGGCAAUCCGGCUGCGAAUCAUUACUCCAUUUCCGGCCGAAGUAGAGACCAGUUAA